AUGUUCAAGGAACACUCUGCAUUUCAUGUUCUCAAAUCCGUGAACAAUAUCGACUACUCCGUUUCCCCCGCCACGGACGCCGCAGGCGCCACGGCGGGUUCGCCGAUCGGAUGGUCUCAUUCAAACGCUCUUGUUUUCGGUCGCGGGAACCGCGUCUACUACAAGAGCAUGGCUGAUACAGAGGGCGUCGCGCAGCAAUUGUGCAAGAUCACCGAUAGUAUGGGCAGCCUUUCCCUCGUCCAGUGUGCGGGCGAGAACCAGCCGAGCACGGUCGCGCUAGCCACCUCGAACGGUCACAUGCAGCUUUGGGACUUAACGACAAAGCGCCCAACGAUCCAGUGGAAACUGAAGGGCCCCAGCGCAAUGAUCUUCAAUGGGACGACCCUGACCGUCGGCGACGAGAAGGGCGCGCUGCGCCACUACGACACGCGGGUGACCGACCCCGCUAAAUUGAAGGACCAGGCGACGAAGGUCACCCGCCACCAAGGGCGCAUCACUACUCUGGCUUGGCACCGCGACAAGUUCACUGUGGCUAGCGGGGACCAAAACGGCCUUAUCCUCGUGUGGGACGUCCGCAAGCCCAGGGUCCCUCUCGAGGUGGGCGAGCUCGUCCAGCGUCGCCGUAAAAUGCAACACGCCGGCGCGAUCACGGCACUCGCCUGGUGCCCAUGGUACGGCAAGUACCUCGUCUCAGGGGACUCCGCCGCGGACAAGACCGGCACCAUCCGUAUCUGGGAUAUUGCGAAUGACCACGGCCCCGAGUCUUCCUCGCGUCCGCCCGAGCGCCCCAACAAGCUCGAGUUCGAUGCGCAGAUCACCUCGCUGCACUUCUCGCCUCACAUCAAUGAGCUGCUGAGCACUCAUGGGCCAGGCAAGCCGACGGAGGUGCCGUCUUUGGUCCGCGUGGACCCGCUGCAGUCGCGCAUGGCGAACUCGAUCGUCGUGCACCAAUUCCCCCUCAUGCGGCACGUCACGACAGUGAGCGUCGCAAGGAAGAACAUCGCGGGGAGCGUGCUGAGCCCGAAUGGGCACCGGAUCGUGCUCGCGGUGCCGGAGGAAGCGCAGUUGAAGGUGUGGGACGUGUGGGGGAAGUUCAAGGCGCCGAAGCAGAAGAGCUUGUUCGAGUCCUGCGCUAUCCGGUAG